AUGGCGUUCCAAGCCCUCACCCUCACACCACUCCCCUUCUCACUCCACAGCUCGAGACGCCGCGUCCGCGUUCGCGUGCUUGCCGUCGCGGCCGACCAGACCCCUCCGCCGCCGCCGGUCCCCCCUUCGGAACCGGCGAACAGCCCUAGCCGCCUCCUUCGGGAGCUCGCGCAGCGGAAGAAGGCCGUAUCCCCUAAGAAGAAGCACCCGCCGCGUCGCUUCAUCCUGAAGCCACCUCUCGACGACGAGCGCCUCACCCGGCGGUUCCUCAGCAGCCCGCAGCUGUCGCUCAAGGCGCUCCCACUGCUCUCUUCCUGCCUCCCCUCCGCGCCGCUCUCCACCGCUGACAGGACCUGGAUGGACGAGUACCUCCUCGAGGCCAAGCAGGCUCUCGGGUACCCGCUCGCGCCCUCGGAGACGCUCGGUGAAGGCGAUGACUGCCCCGCGCGUCAUUUCGAUGUGCUGCUCUACCUCGCGUUCCAGCAUCUGGACCCCUCCUCCGAGCGCACGCGGACGCGGCACGUACGGAACGGCCACUCCAGGCUCUGGUUCUUGGGUCAGUACGUUCUGGAGCUCGCGUUCUGCGAGUUCUUCUUGCAGAGGUAUCCCAGGGAGUCUCCUGGGCCGAUGAGGGAGCGGGUGUUCGCUCUGAUUGGGAAGAAGGUGUUGCCCCGAUGGCUCAAGGCAGCCAGCCUGCACAAUUUGGUCUUCCCCUAUGAUGAUUUGGAUAAGAUGAUACGAAAGGAUCGGGAGCCGCCAUCCAAGGCUGUAUUCUGGGCAAUAUUUGGAGCUAUAUAUUUGUGCUUUGGAAUGCCUGAAGUCUAUCGUGUCCUUUUUGAGGCAUUUGGGAUGGACCCAGACGAUGAGAGCUGUCAGCCAAAAUUGCGUCGUCAACUAGAGGAUGUUGAUUUUGUUUCUGUGGAGUUUGAAAAGAGGCAGCUCACGUGGCAGGAUGUUGCUGCCUACAGGUCGCCACCAGAUGCUCUUUUUGCUCAUCCUAGGCUUUUCCGAGCUUGUGUGCCACCAGGCAUGCAUCGCUUCAGAGGAAAUAUUUGGGAUUUUGACAGUAGACCCAAGGUUAUGAAUACCCUAGGAUAUCCCUUGCCCAUGAAUGACAGAAUUCCAGAAAUCACAGAAGCAAGGAAUAUAGAGCUUGGACUUGGUCUUCAGCUGUGCUUUUCGCACCCGUCAAAACAUAAGUUUGAGCAUCCAAGAUUCUGUUAUGAGCGGCUUGAAUACGUCGGCCAGAAAAUUCAGGUGGCUGGCGGAGAAGCAUCGGAGGAUGUUGAUGAACAAGUAUUGCGGACGGUAUCUGCGGGACAAGCACCUGCAGCACUACAUUAUCUACGGGGAGACAGUGCAAGACAGAUUCGAACACAAUCGACGUCUAAGGAAUCCUUCAACGACCUCUGUCCAGCAAGCGCUACAUGGGCUUGCAUACUGUUCAGCCUAAGGCAGUAUGAGGUGUUUGACUUCGAACAGUUCGAGGUGUUCGAGUUGCUGACCAAUGGCAGCGGUAAAAAUUCUGCGGCUUCUGGAAGUCAUCCAUCCGACAGGAGAUCAUUCAGCUCUGAAGCCUGA